GUUGCUCUUAACAGCGAAACCUCUUACAAAAUUUACGCUCUGUACACUUUUGCUUAAAAGAGAAUUUUCAACAUGCCUAGGUUUGCUAUAAAAUACUAAACAGUCUUUCAAAUUGAUCAAUUUGACAAGCAUAUUUCAAAGGCAAAUGGACUGCAGUAAAUUUAAGACUUUGCUUAUUUAUCCUCGCUACCCGCCAACUUUGGCGCCACAAAAUAAAAUGGGUUGAUAAGAUUACAGUUAAGUUUUGGUUAUGACGUCCUCCAUUAUUCAAUCUUUUAACUGUUGUGAAUGUUGGAUUACUCCGACCUUCAAAUUUUAGAUUAUCUGAGUUUUUUGUUAUUCGGACUUGUCUCUGUUGUUUAGGUCACAUUUGAAUAAUAAUGAGUCACUGUCCAGGUGGUAUUUGUCGGUGAAACGAGCAAUAAAGCCAUUCACCGAAUGCAACUUAGACGAAAGUCAUCGUUACUUACUCUAAACAUAACCCAUUGUUUACCGAGCAACAUAAGGUUUUUGGAAAGUGAAUAUGUAUCCUCGUUCUCAUUUUGAUUCCGAUCCCGGCAUAUCUGGGACUCUCCACUCUUUUUACAUUCAAAAUACACCUGAACCAGUCGUUAGGAAAUACAGCAUUGUCUUCACUGUCUCCUUAUGGAUUUAUUAAAUAUCAACAGUCGCUCAAAAAAUCGACGUGUUUUAUCGACGUCACCGUCGUAGCUACUUACCUUUUAGUCUACAUGAUGCCGCGGUAUCCUUAUAUUAUAUGGUGGGCUCUAUAAUUCAUAUAUGACAUCCUGUUUUGCAUAAAUAACCAACAUCUGACCUACUUCCCGCCUCGUUGCAAGCAUUAAGGACUGUUUCCAAAAUUUAAACAAAUCGCGUGAAAGGGAAGGCACAUAUUGAGCAGCGAUAAAAGGUAGAGGAGGGUAAACUCGUUGAAGAACACACUAGUGCAACAGCAAGAGACAAAGCUAAGUGAUGACCACGAAUUCACAGAUCGCGGCUGGAAUUGAGACCAUGAAGAAUCAACACCUAGAGAACAACUUCAAGCUUCGUUUGCUGAAAUACUUCCUGUUUUGUUCUUUGUCUCUUCUUAUGAUUCAAGAUGCCUCAUCUGCGACUGACGUGAAAUGUGAAAUAAAGUCAUCCUCUUGCCCACCAGGGUGUCAGUACACAAAUCCCAUCGCAGUAGAUCCAGAUUCCAACAUCACUCUCAACUGCUCGAUGAUCACACGAGGACUGAAACCAGGCAUGACCUGGAGGCAAGCGAAGAAAAAAAUCCAGAACAGUAUUGGUUCACCAGACUUGGUAUUGCUGCAGUCAAAUUCAACAAAGGACAGCGACACUAUGUCAUGUGACUGUACCAAUAUAAGCUUCACACAUGCACCGAAAGUUUAUUGGUGCUCCAAAACUCCAACUUUUUUGAUCGAAGGAAAAAAACCAGACGAUUUGGAAUGCCAUUUGUCGGGAUGGCCUCUCGAAGUUUAUUGGUACAAGGAUGACAAAAUAAUCACGAAUGGAACUGAAGGCAUUUAUCAUUCAGUGGACAAGAUGCGGGAAAAUGGAGAGGGAACUCUUCGUAGCAGACUUAGUCUUCCUGUAGGACGUGAAGACCUGGAAGGAACCUAUAAGUGCUGUGCGAAAAACAGGAUUUCUGGCCGGAGGGACUCUAAAACCUUGCAGUAUGAAUAUGUGUGUAAGCAGAAACCCAUAACCACUUAG